AUGUCGGACAAGGAAACCUUGUUAUCGAUGGGAUUCUUUGAGGCGCAGGUAAGGUCGAGCAAUACCUAACCUAUACGACGUUGUUCGAGAAGAGGUGCUGACGUAUGCGCUCCACCUCACCCCUUUGUCGUGUUCCUGAUUGGGCCUGCAACGCGUGGUCAUGCUCCUCAAUCAUCUUGUCUCGAAUCAAACAUCGUUCCCUCCUCCCCUCACCCACAAACACCUUCCCACACCUCGUCCAACCCACCUCUCAACAGGUGAUCAAAGCCCUUUCAGCGACGAAGAACGCCGGUCUUUCCCAAGCGUUGGACUACAUCGAUGAACACGCGAAUGAACCGAGCGGGUUCUGGGACGUACCAUUCGAGCAACCGGCGAAGCCUACGACGGGGGUUGGGGAACAUGAGGAAGGGGACGAAGAAGGGGCGCCUGGUGGGGCGGCGGAGGCGAAGGUACGUUUUAGGGUGUUAUGUUAUCAAUUCUAAGAGGAGGGCUGGGAUUGAAGACUAUGUUUAUUUUCUUGCCGUCAUUCUUACACUGCUCCUCAUGCUCCCACAUUAUCCUCUUGUUCGCCCCCCUCGGCGAAAAACUUUACCCCUCCCCCAUAGAGUCUGACCUGCACCGACUGCGGUAAACGCUUUCGCAACCGCGCGUUGGCAAGCUACCAUGGAGAGAAGAGUGGGCAUGAGAACUUUGAAGAGGUGCGUAGUUGGACGAGGGGUCGGGUUGUCGAGUUAGAGGAGGGUUCGCAGAGUUUUAGGCGCUGAUUCGCCUUGGUUCGUUCUUGGGUUUGUUUGUCGUUGUAUUCGUUCGUUCGUUUGGUUCGAUGACUCGGCAGUCGACGGAAGAGAUUACCCCCUUGACUGAGGAAGAAAGAAAGGCCAAACUAGCCGAGGUGGGUUACGCUUAUGGGAAUGAGCUCUUUACCCCGCCCUUUUUCCCUUUCCUCUCGCUAAAGCUCUUCCCAUCCUGCACCUCCCGAUCACAGCUACAAGAACGUAUGCUCGCCAAGAAGAAACUUCAACAAGCCAAAGAUCGAGAAGAAGCUUUGAAGAAUGAUGCGAUUCGUCGUAAAGCCGGUAAAGACCAAGCGCAAAUCAAGGCCGAUCUACAACUCAAAGCGGCGCAACAAGAGGCUGCGCAAAGGGCCAAGGAUAAAUUGGAGGAUGCGAAAGCGAGGGCGGCAAUCAAAGCGCAGAUCGAGGCGGAUAAGAAGGCGAGGUUGGAGAAGGCGAAGAAGGAGAAGGCUUUGAGGGAGGGUGGGAUCGUCGAUGUGGGGGAGGAGGCGGCGGGAAUCGCGGCGGGGACGAGUGCGGGUGGGCUCAAGAGUGCGAGUGCGCCCGUCAAGACGUAUGAUCAGACGAGGUUGCAGAUUAGGGUACCGAAUGGCCCGCCGUUGGUUCAUGCCGUAGCUUCGACGGAGACGUUGGGCACGGUGGUCGAGUGGAUCAAGGGGCAGACGGGCUUGGAUGAACCGAGUUUGAGUUCGGCAUUCCCAAGGUGAGUGCUGCAGUCAUGGUAUGAUGCGUUAGUUGAAGAUUUUGCUGGGCCUGACUCUUUGUGUUUGCUUGGCGUGGUCUUGUAGAAAAACUUACUCGCCGAGCGAGUACGGCAAGACGAUGUCCGAGUUGGGUCUGGCGCCUUCGGUAAGUUGA